AUGGCUUUGGAAGUUCUCUUGUCCAAGAGGAACUCCUUCUACUGGGAGACUGGUCUUCAGUUGAGAUUUGAUCACCGCAUACUAUUCGCGGAGGAGAACGCCUCUACCAAUCCCGGGAAUGCCACAUUUCAGAAGGGAUCACGACAUGUUCCGCCUCAGUUCAAGGUGGAAUUGGUGCAAAAAUGGUCAGCGAAAUGUGAUAACGAGCAUGGGGCUUGGUGUAAUGACAAUGGUGUUGAUCAUGAACCAAUUUGCAGUCUGAGGGUUCUAAACGUUGACACUAAGCAGGUGGUGGAGUCGCCAACAAAUUGCCGAUAUCUCGCACUGAGCUAUGUCUGGGGUCCCUCGAGGAUCAAUCAGAUGAAAAGUAUCCCCAAGCGCAAGGAAGGAAAGGUCGAUUUGACUCCAGUUUAUGGCACACUUCCACGGACCAUCCGAGAUGCUAUUGAGCUGGUUCAAGAACUAGGAGAGCGGUUUCUGUGGGUCGACGCGCUCUGCAUCGACCAGAAAGACGACGCUGAAUUGGCCAAGCAGGUGGAGCAAAUGGACAAGAUAUAUGCAUCUGCCCUGAUUACAAUAGUGGCAGCUGCUGAGCGGGAUGCAGAUGCUGGUCUCCCAGGGUUUCAGCCCCAGUCAAGAUUAUCGAUUCAACACAGUGAAAGGAUCCAGUCAUUCCUUCUACGGACGUCCCUUCCAAAUGGGAUCCGAGGCGGGAUCGUCGAAGGAUCAUGUUGGAACAGACGUGGCUGGACAUAUCAAGAAAGGCUGGCAUCGCGAAGGUGCUUGAUAUUUACGCCUUAUCAAGUGUAUUUCCAAUGUCGCAAGGGGUACAACAGCGAAGAUACGACGUUCAGAGAUGAGACCAUCCCGGCCGCGAUUGGAAAAUGGAAAGGCCGGCUUGAUUCCUCUCGGCUUGACCUUACUCGAAAAUUUCUGCCGUUUGAUCCAUAUCAGGAGUUCUUGUCCGAAUACUCUUCGCGAAGAUUUACGAAGGAGGGCGACGCUCUCCGAGCUUGCUCUGCGGCUCUGAGAUUUAUCUCCACAAUCUACGACACGCCGUUGCAUUGGGGUCUACCCGAACUUGUAUUCGACCGAGCUCUGCUUUGGAACUACGAUAUCGACUCACCGGGUAGCCGGCAAUACCGGCCUCGGAGACGGAGCAACUUCCCAACCUGGUCUUGGGCGUCCUGGUCAGGUGCGGUCAGCUACAGCUCCAGCUACAUGGCCAACAAGUCCGUCGUCAGAUGGUACAGGCUGUCUAUCAGCGGCGACGUACACGAGAUUCGCAACUGUAAGAUGAGACGGGCCCGAACAAGACAAGGCGCAUGGAGCGGAGUCAAUGCGUCGAUGGAAGCCGGCAGAUUAUCUGAAGAAUGCAAACCUUCCUGUGUAUGA